AAGAGACAGAGAAACACCCGGCGCUUUAAAUAUCAGGCGGCCGUGGAGGAGGUUUGGACCCUGGGACGGAGGCGUGUGAUUGAGAGCCGAGAGCCCCGCGUGUAAUAAGCAGCAGAGUUUGAGAGGGAGCAGCUGGUGGAUUCCGGCUGUGGUCUCCGAGCAGCCAGCGUGUGGCAUCUGCAUCGCCGUCCAAAUAAACGCAGCACAGAGCCCAGCCUCAGCCCCAACGCUCACACAAAAUGCCCAACUUCGCUGGCACUUGGAAGAUGAGGAGCAGCGAAAAUUUUGACGAUCUCUUGAAAGUACUGGGGGUCAACGCCAUGCUGAGGAAGGUGGCCGGGGCCGCGGCGUCCAAACCCCUGGUGGAGAUACGCCAGGACGGCGACCACUUCUACAUCAAGACGUCCACUACGGUGAGGACCACCGAGAUCACCUUCACCGUCGGCGAGGAGUUUGAGGAGGAAACGGUGGACGGCAGGAAGUGCAAGAGCCUGCCAAAGUGGGAAAAUGAGAACAAAAUCUACUGCAAGCAAACUCUUCUCAGCGGCAGUGGGCCUAAAACGCAUUGGACACGGGAACUGAAGAACAACGAGCUGAUCCUGACGCUGGUUGCCAACGAAGUGGUGUGUACGAGGAUCUACGUUAAAGAAUAACAACACGCCCAUCCAUUCACGCGGGGAAAGCCCACUCGCUGCAGAAGCACCUCCUUGUGCAUGGUGUAUCAAGUUAUUGAUGCCAAACUGUGACAUUCCAAGUUUUAAUUUAGUGUAACUGUGUUUGAUUUAAAGUUGUGAAACCUCUUUGUCUGUAAUAGUGAAUGUGUGAAUCAGGUAGAUUAUUUAGUGGAUGGCUUCUCAAUUGGUUUUAGUCUUUUGUAUUUCUGACUUAGAUCUGCCAAGCACCUGCCCAUGCCAGCGGAUGUAUCACAUGCUCAAGCGAUUGCCUGUAUCUCUGUAGCUUCUUGAAGAGAUAUUGGAUUGCUCAUUUCCAAAAGAUGAUUGAAAUUGUGUGGAAACGGAGUGAAUCUGAUAAUAAAAUCAAGAAGAAAAUGAA